AUGGAUGGUCGCUUGCGGCUGUCCAGACACAAGCCGUCUCUGGACAGUGCGCCUGUGCGUCGCAUACUGAGCAUCAACCUCGUACCACAGUCACAAGCGGGCCCCCUUGUGACUGUAUACUCCGUGCAUGCGGUAGACCUGUACUCGAGUCUGCACGUGGAACACGGUGCAGACUGGGAGCAGCUCAUUCAGGGUGUCCAGCUGUCCACAUCACGAGAGGCAGGAGUGAGCUGGGCAGCGACCGGGCGACCUCCGCCGACCAAGGGCGCCUGGUGCGUGGCGCAGCGAGUGGCUGCGAGGUGGCGGCCCGCCGGCCCACCGGCCCACCGGCCCACCGGCCCACCGGCCCACCGGCCCGCCGGCCCACCGGCCCACCGGCCCACCGGCCCACCGGCCCACCGGCCCACCGGCCCACCGGCCCACCGGCCCGCCGGCCCACCGGCCCGCCGGCCCACCGGCCCGCCGGCCCACCGGCCCGCCGGCCCGCCGGCCCACCGGCCCACCGGCCCACCGGCCCACCGGCCCACCGGCCCGCCGGCCCACCGGCCCACCGGCCCACCGGCCCGCCGGCCCACCGGCCCGCCGGCCCACCGGCCCACCGGCCCACCGGCCCACCGGCCCACCGGCCCACCGGCCCACCGGCCCACCGGCCCACCGGCCCACCGGCCCACUCGCGCGGCUCUGGAGACGGCGGGGAAGCUGCUCGAGGCGCGCACAACCUCGACCGAACUGGCGGCAGUUCCCUGGCGCCUGGCAACACUGGGCGCUGCGGCCGGCCGUGACAGUUUCAUACGUUUCCGUGGCAGAGCACGUGAGGGCGUGCUGGCACGGAAGCACGGCUACGUGCUGCGAGUGGCGCUAUCAGCGACCCCCCAGGGCUUAUCACGCAGCGAAGCCACGCCCCUCGGCCCCAAGGCCACGCCCUGGCGCCUGUGA